GUGCUUUUAUAAUACAAUACAAACAAUCACCUUAUUCAUUCCCUCCUCGGUUUCUCCUUCUUCUUCUUCUUCUUCUUCUUCUUCACAAUCUCCACUUCGUCUUCUUGCCGUUCCCUUUCUCCCUCUGUCUCUCAGGCGAAGAUCUUACUUCUCGCUGCAAUUUCUCGCCGGAACAAGCAUAUCUAUCCAAUUUCUCGCGAUUCAUUCCGAGUCCCAGCCAUGAAUCCCGAAUAUGACUAUUUGUUCAAGCUUUUGUUGAUUGGAGAUUCUGGUGUCGGCAAGUCAUGUCUACUUCUGCGGUUUGCUGAUGAUUCAUACUUGGAUAGCUACAUCAGCACAAUUGGAGUUGACUUUAAAAUUCGCACUGUGGAGCAGGAUGGGAAGACUAUCAAACUCCAAAUUUGGGACACUGCUGGCCAAGAACGUUUUAGGACAAUCACUAGCAGCUACUACCGCGGGGCUCAUGGAAUCAUUGUUGUUUAUGAUGUCACAGACCAAGAGAGCUUUAACAAUGUUAAGCAAUGGUUGAAUGAAAUCGACCGAUAUGCAAGUGAAAAUGUGAACAAGCUUCUAGUGGGAAACAAGUGCGAUCUCACGGCAAAUAAAGUUGUGUCCUACGAGACAGCCAAGGCAUUUGCUGAUGAAAUCGGAAUCCCUUUCAUGGAAACUAGUGCUAAGAAUUCCACUAAUGUGGAGCAAGCCUUCAUGGCCAUGGCUGCUGAGAUCAAGAACAGGAUGGCAAGCCAACCGAUGAACAAUGCCAGGCCUCCAACAGUGCAGAUUCGGGGACAGCCUGUCAACCAAAAGUCUGGUUGCUGCUCUUCUUAGAUGGGGAAAAAUAAUUGUUGGGGGGCAAUGAUGUUUAUCGGUGUUCUUCUUCGUGGCAUGUAAAACUAGUUGUUUUAUCUUAACGCUUUGAUAUGAAGAUGAUUGUUGGUCACGUUCUUUUGUUGUCGGUUAUCAGCUCAGCACUUUGUUAAAGAUUCCAUUCUUUUCAAUGUAUUUGUUUUCAAAAACUUUGUACAAAUUAGGAAUACUGGUGAAUAGCAGUAUUUGCCUUCUUCUGUUCCCCUAAUUCUCGUCGGAUGGAGCAUAUUCUAUUCCACUGUUUCAACUA